GGCAUCCUUUGCCGUAGUGGGUUACAGGCAGCGAUGGAAUUUGCGUCUCGCGGAUAUCGAGUGAGAAAUAAUAAAAAUACAAAGUACCUGACAUUUGUAUGAGCGAAUCGAAAACUGUGUGAAUUAAUUUAUUGCAACGCGGAUUACGUCGGCAGUGAAUAACCGGCGUAUAAAACGAUAUACGGUAAAUAAAAAGUAAAUCAUACAAAUAUAACCACAUCACGCGUUCAUACCGUUCAUACGUAGCCCCAAGGUUGUAAAGGAACAUGGCGGCGAAUAUCGCUCUAUUUUUUAAUAACAAAUGAAGGCUGCGUCUGUCGUAAUUAUACAAGAAACCGUUAUGGCGAUUCAGUAUUAAAUUUUCCGGUACCUGUGUUCGACGUGUUAUAAAUUUACCAUAUUCUCAUACGCUAAAUCGACAGGUAAGCUCUGACCGCUGUUAUAGGCAUGUGUCGGUCCCGCGAUUACUCUCAAAUCUAACAUCACAACUCAGCUCCGGCUGCCCGUCCCCGCGAGUUCAACGCAUCCAUAUUUAUAACCACGUGCGACGUGUUAAUGAGGAUAAAUAGCCGUACAUCGUCGGCUGACGUAUACAUACACCCGGUUAACAGCCCCGUUGCAUAUCCUUCGUUAAUCUAAAUACAAGCUCCGUUUCAACACUGUUACUCAUUUCGAAGUAAAUUAUAACGAUAAAAUGGAUCCUCUUGGUGGGGAUCAACGAGUGAUACCGCAAUCUCGAUCUACUCGUGGUCGAGGCCGUGGAUGUUGGGCACCGACACAAUCCCAGGAGACACGAGGACUGAGGAGACCACACGACGCCUCUGCCAGCGGAAACACAGGUUCCAUGGAAAACACUGGAACGAAGACAGACGGGGCCAAAGGCGACAUCGUCAAAAACUCAACACUUUCUGUGGAUGCCGCUGAAUUCGUACCAAAAAGCUUUAGUCCAGCGCUACCGAACCAGCAACAAUCUGGACCAGUGAUGCCUAGACAUUCUGUUCAGAAUCGUCUGAACAAUGCAAGACACGGCCAUCAGGGUGGACAGCAACAGGGCUUACAUCAACAGUACGCACCUCAGCAAAAUCGCUACAUUCCACAACGAGAGCAUCAGGUCUACAUGGGUCCGCCACAGCACCAGCAGUAUAAUCAGUACUCAAAUACUCAAGAUUACGGGUAUUAUGACAGAGGCUCAGGGGAUCACAGCAGACAUCAGGCUGAACAGAAUGAGUUAGAUGUGGAAGGUGAUGGUGAAGAUUGGGGAGGAAUAAGAGGAAUGAUGGGGCAGCUAGAAGUUGCGAUGCGGACACUCACUCUCAGCCCUGGUCGGUUCGACUCUUUGGUUGCAUCUCUGGUUGACGCCAUUACUCCAUGUCUUACUAACACAGUACAGACGCAAGCAAUAAUCGGAGCUAUACUCGGACAGUCGAUAAAUGAAGGAAAUUUCCGGUACAGCGGUGCACGUCUUUGCACAUUUCUGGAUAAUGCUGCUUUAAGCGAACGUGCUCCAUCCAUUUUCAGGGACACUCUCGUUGCUAGAUGUCGCGAGGAGACAGAAAAGUCAAUUGAAUUUUGGAUGCAGAGGAGUUUACCAGAAGAUGAAGCAAAGGAAAAACUUUGCCAUGGGUUAAUACUUUUCUUGGCUGAACUAGUCACUCAAAUGGAGUCAGAACCAGCAUCUGUAUUGGGAAAAUUGUUAAUUGAAUUAAUGUCUGCUGUUCUGCAGCGCCCUGCUCCAAACUCUGCUAAACACAUCUGCCAGGCACUUAAGUUGGCAGGUCAAACUCUAGAAAGAGACAGCGGCGGAGGGGCUGAAAUGGAAAAUGUAAUGCGUAGGCUCACUGGACUUGUGAAUGAUGGGCAGGUCGAUGUUCAUGUCGGUCGAAUGGUCAACAGCGUAGACGAACUCCGUCGGGGCAACUGGGGACGUCUUGUUUCAACACACGGACCUUACAACUCUACCGUCAAUGAUAGUCCUCAAACACCUGCAGAUAUAACGCAACAGCCAUUAACAAAUGAGCCAGUGUUUUACGGUCCUGAUGGCAACGUUUUAUCUCCAGAGGAGAGCAGAUUCUUGCAAGAUCUAACCGGGGACACGCCUGAUAUCGAGGAAUUCGGCGAGGGAGAGGAUGACUGUGACGUUGAUGGUAUUUGGACUGAAGAAGGCGAUGAGGGCGGGAUGGACGAUGACAUUGCAGCAGCCUAUGAACAGUUUUUAAAGCUUGCUCCAAAUAAAAGCAAUGGUAGGGCACGACGAUAAGCAUUUUACAAUUUUCAAAUCGCGACCGCUGGUACAUUGAGCCACACAAUACACGUAUCGUCUUCAAAUACCCUUUUAUUAGCAACAUUAAUAAGUGAAAAAUUUGUACAUUUAUCAUUGUCAAUAUCAAUCAAAAUUGUGCAGCUUCUGAUCUUCUCCGAACCGUGCUCGUUAUUUAUUUAAUAGUACAGUUUUCCCAGCACAAUAUGGAUACAUGCAUACAUACAUACAUACAUACAUAUAUACGUAUAGCAUUGUAUAAUACAAUUGGAUACAAUCGUGUAUUCAUAGCAGCUGUAGGUAACACAUCAAUAGAAAGACUUUUGAAAAAUUGAGUCUCACGCAUCAUGAGUGAAAAGAACCGUCUUACGUUGUCCAAUAUACCAUGUCUGAUACAUAAUAUGCGAUAUUUCAUUUACUAUAUCGCGAAUAUAUUGUCUCGAAGUAAGCGAAGCUGGAAGCGGUUUUCAAUUGCCAAUUAUUAAUCAAUUUUUCAAUUUGAAUACCAGUUCGGCUUUGUUUGAGUCGAAUCGAUACAUCGCUUGAGAUGGACUCCAUUAAUUUAAGUUAUUUGUGACUGUAAUUGUAUCUAGUGUAAUAUUGAUAGCACCUUUUAACUCUUAACGAUCAGAUCCUCUAAAGAUAUAUGAUCGAAGAAAAAUACAUACGAGGCGUUCUUAGCCUCAACUGCUACUUACAUCAGUCGAGAUUGACCGUCUUUUCCCGAUAUUCAACAAAUUGGGAACCUCGAAAUGGUAAUUUAUAUAAGUAUGGUAAGGAAUAGUAUGAUCAUAGCAUAUUUUUUCGUACUAUAUUUGUUAUUUAUUGGCUGUAAUAUUAGGUACGGAAUCGGAAGGGAUUUUCUUACAUUUUGUGCCUUUGCCAGGUGACGACGUGUGCUCAUAUACAUAUUCUUUUCUCGUUCCAAAUGAAGUAAUUUACAAUCAAAUGGUUGUGUUUUGUAUUCUAAGUAUUGCUCCAGUGUCUCGUCUUGUGCUUGCACUUGCUUGAAAUUUUACGCUAGUUCAUUUUUUUCUGAUAAUUCUAGGUUCUAAAAUUUAUGAAUGUUUUUAUUUUCACGUUUGCUUGCUUUGUAAAAUUUUCACUAAAAGUAUGCAAUUGAAAAAUCGCAAAAUACAAAUUACAGAUAACGAUUUGUUUCUAUUUUGCAAUGAACAUUGCAAAAAAUUUUUCUGGUUAAUGAAGAAAAAAAAAAACAUUUCAUGGUACAUUCUACGUGGAAUCUAUAGGUAAAUACAUGCCCUUUUGUUAUAUAGUUUUCCACUCCUUGAGUAGUGGAAAAAACCUAGGAAAUUUAUGGAAGUUUAGUUUUGGGGUUCAAGUGAUCAUCCGUGUAUAGCAGUCCCAAAAAAAUCCAAAGGCCCUAAAACUAUUUCAAAAUCCAUGACACUUCAUGAUAUGCCAACUUUAUAUAAUCCUACUCAUGCUCUGAAUAUUUCUUGCUCAUUAUUGUGGAAGAAGUUUAAUCGCGUUGUCGUAGGUCGAUCUUGCAUUCAUGUAUUAAUGCAGAUAGAGAAACGCACUGUCAAAUCUUACAACUGGAGUGUCAGAUCUCCAGAUCACGGAUCCUGCUAAAAGUUUUAGAGGUAUUUCUUAGGUCUAAAAUAUAAAGCUUUGAUGCGUAAUUCCAUCUAUUGGGCCUCUCUUCACUCCUCUAAUUGAUUAAAUUAAUAGUGCGAUGAGUGAAAUGCCUAAUAAACGAGACCUGUUGUGUAUUUUUGCCUUAAAUAUUAAUUUUCAUUGUCCUCUAUUUUAGUUUUGAUGAUAGGUUCUUAUAGAUUCUAAUGUAAACGGAUAAAUUAUUAUUUCAGAGUCGUAAUGAAGUUUAAACUGCGAAUUUCCAACAACCCUAUUUAUUCUAAAUUGAGCAAAGGAAGACCCAAUAGAUGGAACUAAACAUCAGAAGUUACAUUUCUUGAACUAAAGAGACACCCCCAGAGUUUCAGCAAAAUCCGUGAUCUGCAGCUCUGAUACUAUCCUUGUUAGUUUG